AUGGCCCAUGUUUCGCACUCUCAGCUGGAGGAACCAACAGCCCACAGCCCCAGCCAUCCAUCACCUACAUCUUCCUCAGACAAAGAGAAUCCACAAAAAUCGAAUAAAAGAACCCAGAUGUCAUCCGCCAGCGCAUCCAAACGUCGCCGUUUAACCGAUCGCACCUUCAAUACUCAGUCGCAAAUGGCCUCUUCACGGCGCAAUGAUAGCAAGCAAUACUAUGAUCCUGAUCAGGACCCUGAGGAGCGAAGAAAUUACCGAAAGGGGGUAAGAGAUUUGCAAAGCGAUGUCCACGCUUCGGGGGCCGAGUACAUGAGAUCAGGCAAUGAUGGAAUCAUAAGAACUCUCGAGAAAAACAACGAACUGUUUGGCAGUGUAAAGCAAACUUCAGACGCCACCCUCGACUCGCGCCUGCUCGUCAAUGUAGCCGAUCUCUCCCAUAAAAAGACUGCUCAACUCGCACUCGGGGACAGCACUGCCAGUAUUGAUGUCGAUGAGUUUGUCUCUAAAUGUAUCUCCUACAUGCGACGGGGACCUGAACUCUCGACUCUCACGCCUAAUGCCGGACCACGUCGACGUGCCCGCCAUGCUGCCACCCAAAGAGAUCCGGACGAUAGCGACGAGGCGGAUGAGGGUGACGCGAUGAACUGGGAUUGGCUAGGUCGAACUGCCUGUCUUCCAUACAAUAUGCGGCCCACUGUGUCAGGGUGGCUGCUGGGACCACUCUCCGUACAAAAGCGGACGCGCCAGCUGACGCAGCGCACUCAGACCGAGCGGUUCGAUCCCACACAGCUCACUAAACCCAAUGAAUUGGUGCAAGAUGAUCUUAGUGGACAAGAGAACGCAAACCUGACAACCAUUUGCCAAAAUAUCAAUACGUUACUAGGCAAAGUCCAGAUGGAGGGCCAAGAGGCCGUGGACCUAAAGCUCAGUGAUCUGGAUGAUGAGCCGAAGGAAGAGACGAAGCAGAGGAUGAUGGCUGAACAUGAUGUUGCGGACGAUGGUGGUGUUCCCCUUUUCCGCUUCUGUAUCAACCCGCAUUCAUUUGGCCAAAGCGUCGAGAAUUUUUUCUAUGUCAGCUUCCUUGUCCGAGACGGCAGUGUCGGCGUUGGCACAGAUAGCCGUGGCCUUCCGACUCUCCAUACUGCCGACCCGUAUCAACCAAGCGAAGCCCACUCUCGGGGCAUACAGAAGCGUCAGGCCAUUUUUAGCCUGGAUUUCGACACAUGGGAGCAGUUGAUCGAUGCAUUUAGCAUUACAGAAUCGAUCAUUCCGCACCGCAAUGAGACUGCGGAUCAGGCUGCGACAACCUGGUACGGUGGCCGCUAA